AAAAUACGGUUUUUUUUUUAAGACAUAGACACGUAGAUCGUCUACGUGGAAGCUAGACCGCCACAAUCGUCGUCUACAGUUGUGAUUGUGAAAGGUCUCUGUUUUUUUUUUUUCCUGCGAAGAUUGCGAGUUCACGACUCAUGAUUCCACAAAGUUUUUAAGAAUUCUGCAGUUUCAGUUUUUUCAAUCGCUUACCGAAGUUUCAAUUUAUCUUGAGAAAAAUUCUCUAUCUACGAUACUUGAGCUACUCAGCUUUAGGGUUUUAAGUGUACGAUGUUUAGGUCUCUGAUUUGGAAACGAUCACAAGCAUCUUCUUCAACCGUCACGAUGUCUUCAAUCAGUCAGAGAGGAAAUGAAAGGCUUUUGUCUGAAGCCGCUGGUACACAUUCAAGAGAUUAUAAGAUACUGGUUUUGGGAGGAAAUGGUUAUGUAGGUUCACACAUAUGCAAAGAGGCACUGAAACAAGGUUUCUCUGUCUCUAGUCUUAGCAGGUCCGGAAGAUCUUCUCUGCAUGAUUCAUGGGUUGAUGAUGUAACCUGGCAUCAAGGUGAUUUGCUUUCACCCGAUUCCCUGAAGCCUGCACUAGAAGGAAUUACGUCUGUGAUCUCAUGCGUUGGUGGUUUUGGUUCCAACUCACAAAUGGUCAGAAUUAACGGUACUGCAAACAUCAAUGCUGUUAAUGCUGCAGCAGACCAAGGUGUGAAAAGAUUUGUGUAUAUAUCAGCUGCGGAUUUUGGUGUCAUAAAUAACUUGAUUCGAGGAUAUUUCGAAGGGAAGAGAGCAACUGAAGCUGAGAUUUUGGAUAAAUUCGGAAACAGAGGAACGGUUUUAAGGCCAGGAUUCAUACACGGGACUCGUCAGGUCGGUAGCAUAAAGUUGCCACUUAGUCUCAUUGGAGCUCCUCUCGAAAUGGUCUUGAAGCUGUUCCCGAAAGAGGUGACGAAAAUUCCUCUGAUCGGGCCUCUUUUAAUACCUCCGGUCAAUGUUAAAUCCGUUGCAGGAACAGCGGUAAAAGCUGCAGUUGAUCCCGAGUUUGCUUCUGGAGUCAUCGAUGUGUACCGGAUUCUUCAACACGGUCACUGAAAAACAACACCGUCUUAACAAAGUUUCUCCUUAUUACGGUUUCAACUGUUGAAUUCAAAUGUAACAAUCGUCUCUGGUUCUGCUACCAGUAAACUAUGACUUUCGCAUAUUACAAUAGGAGAAAAAAUAAUGAAAUUUUUUUAGCAGCUUGAAUCAUU